CUGGCGGCUGCAUGUCCCCUAAGGGCCGGUGCGGCCGUGGAGCCCCCUCAGAGCUGUGCCCGGGACUGCCCGGCCCUGCGGGAGCGCAGAGCCCGGCCAUCCCUCGGGAUCAGCCCUGCGGGAGCGCAGAGCCCGGCCAUCCCUCGGGAUCAGCCCUACGGGAGCGCAGAGCCCGGCCAUCCCUCGGGAUCAGCCCUGCGGGAGCGCAGAGCCCGGCCAUCCCUCGGGAUCAGCCCUACGGGAGCGCAGAGCCCGGCCAUCCCUCGGGAUCAGCCCUGCGGGAGCGCAGAGCCCGGCCAUCCCUCGGGAUCAGCCCUGCGGGAGCGCAGAGCCCGGCCAUCCCUCGGGAUCAGCCCUGCGGGAGCAGAGAUUCCCGGCCAUCCCUCGGGAUCAGCCCUGCGGGAGCAGAGAUUCCCGGCCAUCCCUCGGGAUCAGCCCUGCGGGAGCAGAGAUUCCCGGCCAUCCCUCGGGAUCAGCCCUGCGGGAGCAGAGAUUCCCGGCCAUCCCUCGGGAUCAGCCCUGCGGGAGCAGAGAUUCCCGGCCAUCCCUCGGGAUCAGCCCUGCGGGAGCAGAGAUUCCCGGCCAUCCCUCGGGAUCAGCCCUGCGGGAGCGCAGCCCCUGCUGCCAUCCCUUGGGGUGAACUCGGCCUGUUCGUGCUGCUCCGCGGAGCUGCUGAGCCCCAGAGCACUGACAUUUCAACAUGAACAAUUACACAGAGGAUUGGGUGAAUCAAGACAACUUAAGCAGGAUCAGGAAGAAUCUUG